CCGCAAAGAAGCUCAAGAAUAUUUAGAUUGUCGCAUGAAGAAUCAGUUAAUGGAACAGACUGAAUGGUCCAAAUUGGGUUUCAGUGAAGGCGAGACGAAAGCCAAUAAAACGGAUAAAACACCGCAAUAGCAUUUUAAUUUAAAAGUAGAACAAACAAAAUCACAUCAAAUACAAAAUGAAAACCAAUAAAAAUAUUUUAAUAGCUUGUACCGGUAGUGUGGCUACCAUUAAGUUAACGCUGCUAAUAGAAAAGUUGUUAGCUAUAGAUAAAGAUUAUAGUUUUAAUAUCAAAGUUAUUGUUACUGAACGUGCCAAACAUUUCAUCGAAAAUUCAUCUAUACCAGAGGGCAUAGAAAUAUUAGAUGAUCAAAAUGAAUGGAGUGCUUGGAAUAAACGUGGUGAUCCGGUUGUUCAUAUAGAUUUGGGUAAAUGGGCUGAUAUGCUGGUGAUAGCACCUUUAAGUGCUAAUUCUUUGGCUAAAAUUGCUAUGGGUCUUUGUGACAAUCUCUUGCUGUGCGUUGUACGAGCAUGGGAUGUUAGCAAACCUUUACUAUUCUGUCCAGCCAUGAACACACGCAUGUUUGAUCAUCCCAUUACCCAGGAACAUAUAACAAAACUAAAAACAUGGGGUUAUCAUGAAGUUGCAACAGUAGCGAAAACUUUAAUGUGUGGCGAUACGGGUAAUGGAGCUAUGGCCGAAGUGGAAACAAUUAUUGAAAAUAUUUUAUGUAAAUUUGAAAAUGUUAAAAAUGUAUAAAUUAUAUUUAUAAUAAAAUAUGUAUGUAAAAAAAUAAAUAAAAACAAAAUACUUUAAAAA